AUGGCACAGCCCCAGUACGGAAAACGCUUGAUUCCCCAUGUUCUCGACGAGGUCGCAAAGUCAGAACCCAACAGAGAAUUUAUCUCCGUCCCCCGAUCCUCCAACCCCCAAGAUGGCUGGAGGCCCAUCUCCUACAAGCAAAUCGCAAACGCCGUGAACCGGAUAGCCCACAGAAUCACCGACAAGAGCGGAAAACCCGAACCCGGGAGUUUCCCGACGGUCGCAUACAUCGGCCCCAACGAUGCCCGCUACACGAUCAUCACGAUCGCCUGUAUCAAGGCCGGAUACAAGGCGCUCCUCAUCUCCCCCAGAAACUCCUUUGAAGGCCAGAUUAACCUCUUUGAGAAGACGGACUGCCAUACCAUCUGCUUCGACACGUCCUUCAAGGACGUCAUCCAGCCCCUACUGGAAGAACACCAGAUGGAAGCCAUCAUGGUCAGCUCGGCAGACGCCUGGCUCUCGGAUGAGGAGGUCCCCCAUUUCCCUUACGACAAGACCUACGAGGAGGCCCAGAACGACCCCGUCGUCGUCCUACACACAAGUGGCAGUACGGGCCUGCCCAAGCCCAUCGUCGCCCGCGUCGCCAUGGUCGCUGUCGGCGACGCCUUCCACGACUUGCCCGACUUCAUGGGCUCCGAGAACUGCAUAAAGUCCAUCAUGCAGGGCAGCCGCCUCUUCCUGCCGAUGCCCCUCUUCCACGCCGCCGGCUGCUACAUGUCCAUCUUUGCCACAAUCUACUGGGGGCGGGCCGUCGCGCUGGGCUUCACGGACCGGCCCCUGACGCCGCAGACCCUCAUCGACGCCGCCAAGUACGCAAAUAUCGACAACGUCAUCCUCCCCCCCGCCAUCCUCGAGGAGUUGAGCCAUAUACCCGAGGGCGUGGAGGCGCUCAAAAAGUUCAAGCGCGUCAACUUUGGCGGCGGCAACCUCGCCCGCGACGCCGGCGACAAGCUCGCCAAGGAGGGCGUCCCCGUCUCGAGCGUCAUCGCCUUUACCGAGGCCGCGCCCCUGCCGUACUACUUCCAAAAGAACCUCGAACUGUGGCAGUGGUUCAUUGUCGACUCGGACCGGCUCGGCGUCGACUGGCGCCAGGCCAGCGGCGAGGACUCGGACGUUUACGAGCAGGUCAUUGUCCGCAAGGACAAGGCGGACCCCCUCCAGGGCAUCUUCUACACCUUCCCCGACGUCAACGAGUACAACACAAAGGACCUGUACCGCAAGCACCCGACCCUUCCCAACCACUGGAUGUACUACGGCCGCUCCGACAACAUCAUCGUCUUCUCCAAUGGCGAGAAGCUCAACCCCGUCACCAUUGAGGAGAUUGUCACCGGUCACCCCAGGGUCAAGGGCGCCGUCGUCGCGGGAGCCAUGCGCUUCCAGCCCCUGCUCAUCCUCGAGCCCUCGGAACCACUCACCUCCGAGGACGACAUUGAAAAGUUCAUUGACGACGUCUGGCCCAUGGUCGUCAAGGCGAACAAGGAGACCGUCGCCCACGGCCAGAUCGGCCGCGCCUUCAUCGGCAUCACAAACCCGGAGAAGCCCUUCCCCCGCGCCGGCAAGGGCACCAUCCAGCGCCCCAUGGCCCUCAAGCUGUACAAGGACGAGCUCGACGCGUGGUACAACAAGGCCGAGGACGGCGCCGACUCGCUCUCCGUCCACAUUGACGUCUCCUCCCAGCAAGGCCUGAUCGACUCCAUCGAGAAGCUCUUCCAGCAGACCCUCGGCAGCAGGGCCCUCUCCGCCGACUCGGACUUUUUCAGCGCGGGCAUCGACUCCAUGCAGGUCAUCAACGCCUCCCGCCUCCUCCGCAAGGGCCUCGAGGCCGCCGACGCAAACAUCACCGCCGACGCCAUCGCUACCCGCGUCAUCUACGCUCAUCCCACCCCGCGCCAGCUGGCCGCCUACCUGAUGGACCGCAUCAGCAACAAGAAGACGACCAACACCAUGGAGAGCAACGGCGACCGCGGCGUCAACCACGACAUCCAGGCCAUGGAGGCCCAGCUGCAAAAGUACACCCGCGACCUCCCCAAGAGCCCCGGCAACAAGCCCGCCCCCAACGACCAGGGCCAGACCAUCCUCAUCACCGGCACCACCGGCGCCCUGGGCUCCUACCUCCUCGACUUCAUGGAGCACAACCCGGCCGUCGCAAAGGUCGUCUGCCUCAACCGCAGCGAGGACAGCGGCAAGCGCCAGGUCAAAAUGUCCGCCGAGCGAGGCCUCGCCACCACGUGGAAAAAGGCCGAAUUCCACAGCGUCGACAUGGCCAAGAGCAACCUGGGCCUCGCACCGGACGUCUACGACCGGCUCCUCGGCGAGGCCGACCGCAUCAUCCACAACGCCUGGCCCGUCAACUUCAACCUCUCGGUCGAGACCUUUGAGCCGCACAUCCGCGGCGUCCGCCACUGGGUUGACUUCUCCCUCCGCGCGGCCAAGAACGUGCCCGUCAUCUUCGUGAGCUCCAUCGGCACCGUCGACGCCUGGCAGGGCCCCGAACCGGUCCCGGAGAAGAGACUCAUGGACCUCACCCUGCCGAGCACGGGCUACGGACGCUCCAAGCUGGUCAGCUCCCUCAUCCUCGACGAAGCGGCGCUGCGCUCCGGCGUGCCCACCGCCGUCGUCCGCGUCGGCCAGGUCGCGGGCCCGCAGUCCGAGGCCGGCGUCUGGAACCGCCAGGAGUGGCUCCCCACCAUCAUCGCGAGCUCCAAAUACCUCGGCGUGCUGCCCCGCGACCUCGGCGCCAUGGCGACAGUCAACUGGACGCCCAUCGAGGGCAUCGCCAAGCUCAUCCUCGAGGUGUCGGGCGUGGCCGCGCCCGUGCCCCUGGACAAGAUCAACGGCUACUUCCACGGCGUGAACCCGCGCACCGUACCCUGGGCGCCGCUGGCCGAGGCCGUGCGUGGAUUCUACGGCGACGACGUGAUUAAGAAACUCGUCUCGUUCAAGGAGUGGGUCGAGAUUCUGGAGAAGAGCGCGGCGUCUACGGAGGACAUGGACAAGAAUCCCGGUAUCAAGCUGUUGGAUUUCUACCAGGGCCUGGCCAUGGGCGAGGGACAGGGUGUGGAGUUUGCCAUGGAGCGCACGACCAAGAGCAGCAAGACGAUGAAGGAGAUGCAGGCUCUGACGCCUGAAUUGAUGCAAAACUGGUGCAGGCAAUGGGCGUUCUAA